CGGCCUCCCCCACCUUAUUGGUGUUGUCUAUGCUGAGAUCCAUUGGUUAUUGUUGUUGUUGUGGUCCAAGGGUGGCACCUCUUUUUUGUUCCUCCAGUGCGACCCCAGCUCUAGAGCUCACUAGCUACUAGUACACAAAAAGAAGAAGAAGAAGAAUACGAUGAACGGUCGCGGCCGUCUUUCCUUUGGCAGCACCGGCAGCACGGGAAGCUAUUGGCCGUAUCCGCCUCCUCCACAGCCGCCAAAGACGCACAUUGUCUGUCUGACACUGGCCACUACUACUACCAACACUACUCAUGAUGACAAUGAUGACUCGGAGAUUAUUCGACGUGCCGUCCGAGAAGGCGACGGAUGUGUGGCAGAAUGGCUGCGCGAAUGUGUGGAAGGCAGUCUCGAUUGGAUGAUGAAGUUGUUGCGUCGUCACGAGACCUUUUUGGAUGGCAAUCGAUCCACCGAUGACAAUGGCGCCAUUCGAUUGGUAUUUGGCGCUGGCUAUGAAUUGGUGUUGUUACUUGGAACUGCCGAUAUUCCCGAUUCAGUGGAGCGACUCAAGAAUGUGCGCAAAUUGGGAGUGGCAUUGACGUAUAUUAGUAGUAGUAGUAAGCCAAAAGAUGAAGAAGAUGGAGAACCUUCUGUCAUUACAGAACAACAAUUGGAACGUCAAGGACCCAUCUUUCCCAAAGAUGCCUUUUGGGAUCAUGUGGAUUCGGAUGCGCGUCAUCGACAAAAGGGAAACAACAACGACAAUUGUCUCUAUGGAGUCUUUACGACUCAAAAAACAUGGGAUGGACCUGAUGAACUCAAGAAUGUCAAAUUAUUCCGGAUUCAAAUCGACCCGGAUGAUCCAUUGGUGGGAACUUCCAUUGAAUGUGUGGGGCAUUUUGGAGGAGACGAUGAUGAAGAUGAGGAACACACUACUACUACUCCAAAAAACAAAAAGAAAACAAGCAAAGCCAAGCAACAACAAUCUACAACCGAUCCCAAACCAACCAAACGAGGACGCAAAUCCGAGACUCCCACCAAACCUCCCGCCAAACGUAGAUCUUCUUCCAAAGCGGUGGAACCCAAAUCUCCCGGCGCUGGAUCCAAAGUAUUGGAAGUCGAGACGGCCGAUGAGGUUUCGCAAGCCGAAAUGGCGUCUCCACCACUCGCCAAGAAAAAGACGGCCACGACAAAGAAAAAGGAUACGGAGGAAGAACCAACGACGACUCCUGCCAAGAAACGAGGGCGGCCUCCCAAAGCAAAGACAGCGGAUGCCGAUGAUAAACCAGCAAAACCAGCUUUAGCCAAGAAAAAGGGCAAGGCUGAUGAGGAGGAAGAACCGACAACCACACCCGCCAAGAAACGAGGGCGGCCUCCCAAAUCAAAAGACGAUGAUGUACCAGCCAAAACAGCGUCUGCCAAGAAAAAAGGCAAAGAGGAUGACGAGGAGAAGCAACCAAAAACGACAACUCCGGCCAAGAAAAAGGGCAAAGCAGCAACAAAGGAUGAUGCUGAGAAGGAACCCGCCAAGAAACGGGGGCGGCCUCCCAAAGCAAAAGUCACUGACGACAACAACAAUGACGAAGAAGAAAUCUUGGCAGGAGCACGCACGCUCCAUCAACGGGACACGCUCUCGGAAUUGUUUGAGAAAAAUCCAAAAUUGAACUAUGACCAAGCUCAUGCGAAAUGUGAGGAACUGUUCAAUGAGCUGCCGGAAGAAGAACAGCGCAAAUACAAGGAAGCAGCUUCCAAGCUGCCCGAGUUCAAACCCAAGAAAAAGGCAUCCAAAUCAAAAACCACCACCAAGAAAUCAUCAGAGACCGCCAAAGCGACAAAGACGGCAGAGACGAAAGCGACAAAGAAAACCAAAGAAGCUGUGGCAAAGAAAGCAACCAAAGAAGCUGAGGAAGAGGAGGAUAAAAAGCCAGCCGCCAAGAAACGGGGGCGACCAAAGAAGGAUGCCACAACCGACGAAAAGAAGGAGGAGGAAGGCAAGGCCACUCGAAAACGAAAGAAAUCGACGGCAGACGAGGAGGACGGCGACAACCAGGAAGCACCCAAGAAAAAGGCAAAGAAAGCUCGAAAGUCGUCCACGGCAGACGAAGAAUCCCCGCGCAAGAGUCCCAGAAAGAGCAAAAAGGACGAGGAUGAAGAGGCAACGAAAAAGUCUCCCGCCAAAGAAAAGGCGAAGAAAGCAGCCAAGAAGAAUUCAGAGGAAGAUGACGACGCCAAGAAAAAGUCCAAGAAAUCCACCGAGUCUCCCAAGAAAAUGAAGAAGAAUGGCGAGAAAGACAGCGGAGAAGCAGCCAAAAAGAAGUCAGUUGCCAAGCGCAAGAAUUCCACAGCUUCCGCCGUCGUCGAUGGAGAACACGACGACUUUUUCCGGCUGGCCAAACUGCAUCCGAGAGAAGUAUUGGCGCUCCAAAGAGCAUUCCAAAAUCAGAAAAAGAGGAGUGCCGAAACGUACGACUAUGCGGAUUACUCGCAACGAGAUUUAUUUCACGCACAGAAUGCCUUGGAAUUCAUGUAUGGCGAUGAAGGCGAGCACAUGGAGGAAGCAGACGAAUGACUUCCCACCGUACGGUAUGGAUGGUGAAGACUUACUUGUGUAUCCAUGUUUGUAUGUGUGAAGGCUGUGUGUAUAUGAUGAAUGUUGUGGCGCCAGCAUUUGGUCGCACCUGUACUCUUGGACUGUUGUUGUUAUGAUGUGAUGUUCCACAUCCAUGCCGUCCCGUCCGUAAAAACACACUCCAAUAAGAACUAAACUGUAAUGUUCAGUAUGAUC